UUGAGAGGAUUUUCCAGUCUCCUUCUGGUGGCUGGUCCAAAAGGAUGGUUCAGUUCCUGCAGCUCACCUGCCUCUUCAUCACCAUCACACCGAUGUCACCAAUGGCCCUAGAUCCUUGUUCUGCUUACAUCAGUCUGAAUGAGCCCUGGAGGAACACUGACCACCAAUUCGAUGAGUCUCAAGGUCCCCCUCUUUGUGACAAUCAUGUGGAUGGGGAGUGGUACCGCUUCACGGGCAUGGCAGGGGAUGCCAUGCCCACCUUCUGCAUACCAGAAAACCGCUGUGGAACCCAUGCACCUGUCUGGCUCAAUGGCAGCCACCCUCUAGAAGGUGACGGCAUUGUGCAACGUCAGGCCUGUGCAAGCUUCAACGGGAACUGCUGCCUCUGGAACACCACCGUAGAGGUCAAGGCUUGCCCUGGAGGCUACCAUGUGUAUCAUCUGACCAAGCCCAGUGUCUGCUUUCACGUCUACUGUGGUCAUUUUUAUGACAUCUGUGAUGAGGACUGCCACGGCAGCUGCUUGGAUACCCGCGAGUGCACAUGCUCUCCAGGAACCGUGCUAGGCCCUGACAGGCAGACAUGCUUUGAUGAAAAUGAAUGUGAGCAAAACAAUGGUGGCUGCAGUGAGGUCUGCAUAAACCUCAAAAAUUCACAUCGCUGUGAGUGUGGGGUUGGCCGUGUGCUAAGAAGUGAUGGCAAGACAUGUGAAGACAUUGAAGGAUGCCACAAUAACAAUGGCGGCUGCAGCCAUUCUUGCCUUGGGUCUGAGAAGGGCUAUCAUUGUGAAUGUCCCCGGGGCUUGGUGCUGUCUGAGGAUAACCACACUUGCCAAGUCCCUGUGUUGUGUAAGUCAGACACCAUUGAAGUGAGCAUCCCCAGGGACCUGGUUGGCGGCCUGGAGCUCUUCCUAACCAACACGUCCUGCCGAGGAGUGUCCAAUGGCACCCACGUCAACAUCCUCUUCUCCCUCAAGACAUGUGGCACAGUGGUUGAUGUGGUGAAUGACAAGAUUGUGGCUAGCAACCUUGUGACAGGUCUCCCCAAGCAGACCCCAGGGAGCAGUGGGGAUAUCAUCAUCCGAACCAGCAAACUGCUGAUCCCAGUGACCUGUGAGUUUCCGCGCCUGUACACCAUCUCUGAGGGAUACGUUCCCAACCUUCGCAAUGCCCCACUGGAGAUCAGGAGCCGUAGCCAUGGAACCUUCCCCUUCACUCUGGAGAUCUUCAAGGACAAUGAAUUUGAAGAGCCUUAUCGGGAAGCUUUGCCCACCCUCAAGCUUCGAGACUCCCUCUAUUUUGGCAUUGAGCCCUUGGUGCAUGUGAAUGGUCUAGAAAGCCUGGUGGAGAGCUGCUUUGCCACCCCUACUUCCAAGAUCGAUGAGAUCCUGAAGUACUACCUCAUCCGGGAUGGCUGUGUUUCAGAUGACUCAGUAAAGCAGUACACAUCACGGGAUCACCUGGCAAAGCACUUCCAGGUCCCUGUCUUCAAGUUUGUGGGCAAAGACCACAAGGAGGUGUUUCUGCACUGCCAGGUCCUUGUCUGUGGAACGCCGGACGAGCGUUCCCGCUGUGCCCAGGGCUGCCGCCGGCGAGUGCGUCGUAAGGCAGUGGGAGGAGAGGACGCGGCUGAUCUGCAGAGCCGGAUGCUGACAGGUGGCCCAAUCAGCAUCGACUGGGAGGACUAGGAUGGCCCAGUGCCCUGCUUUGGGCUGCCUGUCUCUUUGACGCUUCUACCCAGGCCCUCUGAGAGCAUCGGUCGGCACCCUCGGACACCGAGCAUCUCAAAACCUCAGACUGUGGGUUUUGACAAAUUACCAGAACCAGCCCUCUCUGAUUCUGACCCACUGGGUUGGGAAAAGUCAGCUCACUGCUGCUGACCAAUCUGCCCCAGAUGGGCUUUCAUCGUCCUAAUGUGGAAAGCCAUGCUUUCCAUGCACAAAGCAGCCUAGCCAUUCCCAUACCUUUCCCACAAUAAAACACCUAUUGCAGGGUGCAAUAGGACCACGAAAAUCAAAAGCUGGGUAUAAUAUUUCAAAUGGGAACACACAAAAAAAAUAGUUGCUUGAAAUUACAACUUAAAUACCCAGUGACUCCUUAAAUAUGUAAAUAAUAAUUAUACCCUGAAAUUUUCAUUCAAAUUCAGAAUAAUUAUAGGGAAUGUGGAGGCUUAUCAAUAUAAGUGUGUAUUUAAAAUAUUAUUUGAUUUUUUAUGUUUUUAUAUUGUCUUAAGUGAAAUAUUUUCAAUAAAUGUAAAUAAAUUCAUUAAUAUGCAUUUAAGUGAUUCAAUGACUGAGCUCUAGACAAAAUUAAAAUUUGGUAUUUAUCUGCUCUAUUUGGUAUUCUAUCCCUCAGACUGAUGAAAUAUACCACAGAAAAAGGUAUAAAAUUAUACCAUACUCUGUUUUGUAGGUAUUUGAUAAAUUUUAUUAAAAUGAAUAUCAUAAACCACAAAGAUAAAUUUUAUCUGCAGUUAAAUUCAAUUGCUUAAUAUGCUAAGUAAUUUUAUGACUUUAUGUAAGAUCAGAAAGCAGCUUUUCUUUUUUCCUUUUAGAAAUGGCGACAAUCAACAAUUCUUAACAGAACCAAUGUAAUUAAGAAGAGAAAGGACAAUGUAAUCCAGAUCAAGGGUUAGCUAACCUUCUCUGUAAAGGCCCAAAUGGUAAAUAUUUUAGGCUUUCUGAGCCAGUCAGUCUUUAUUACAACUAUUCAGCUCCACUGUUGUAGCACCGGAGCAGCCACAAACAAAUGUGAGCAUGCCGGUGUUCCAAUAAAACUAUAAAAACAGGUGUUGGGCCUGAUUUGGCCCAUGGGCUUUCGUUUGCCAUUCCCCUACCUGAGUGGUCCUCAGCCCUCACAGUGUAUCAGAAUCACUUGCGGAAUGUUUAUAAAAUGCCUUUUGGUAGGUACCACACCCAGAGAUUCUGUUUUUAAUACUUCUCAGGUGAUUCUAAUCAGCAGUCCGGGCUGAGAAACAGUUUAGGGACUGACCAGUUUCUCACUCCCCUCAGAUUUCAGGGAAUUUUCCUAACUAUCUUCAGUGGCAGUUUUUACCAAGUGCUUCUCAGGUCUUAACAUGACACUACCACCACUUAGUAACUGGGACUAUCAACUGGAAUAGCUCACUGAAGAAAUAAUAAAACCUCAGAGACCUAACUCCAUCCGACCUCCACCUCCAUUGACCUUAAUCAGGUAAGCCUCUGAACUCACCCACUGUUCUU